CUUGCUGGGGACGACUACAGUACCCAGAAAGCUCCGCUUCGUCUCCUGGGUGUUAUUGCCCCUUUCCCGGUGCAGGACGCGGUAGUGGCCAGCCAGGGAGAGUGUCAGGCCUGGGGUUUUCUGUGUCCUUCCCUGGGUCAGGGACAAGCCAGUGAUUUGACUCUUGGGCGCUCAACCUGGGAGGGAGCACAGGAGGCCGCUGUCCCUCCUUUCCGGUUCACGUCACCCUUCUCUCCCUCUCCUGCUCCACCUGCAGCCACUUAGACGGCUCCGGGACUGACUGCCUGGGGCAGUGAGUGGCGGUGGCGGUCGAGGCCGCUGGGGCCGAGGUGAGGCUGCAGCUCUCCGGGCGGUGGUAGCGCUGGGAAGGAGGAGGAGAGAAGAUGGCGUCGGAGCUGGAGCCAGAGGUGCAGGCCAUCGACCGGAGUUUGCUGGAAUGUUCGGCCGAGGAGACUGCGGGGAAAUGGCUGCAAGCAACUGACCUCACUAGAGAAGUGUACCAGCAUUUAGCCCACUCUGUACCGAAAAUCUACUGCAGGGGUCCCAACCCUUUUCCACAGAAAGAAGACAUGCUGGCACAGCAUGUUUUGUUGGGACCGAUGGAAUGGUACCUUUGUGGUGAAGAUCCUGCCUUUGGAUUUCCAAAACUUGAACAAGCAAACAAACCUUCUCAUCUUUGUGGUCGUGUUUUUAAAGUAGGAGAGGCUACAUACUCUUGCAGAGACUGUGCAGUUGAUCCAACUUGUGUUUUGUGCAUGGAGUGCUUUUUGGGAAGUAUUCACAGAGAUCAUCGAUAUAGGAUGACAACAUCAGGAGGUGGAGGUUUCUGUGACUGUGGUGAUGCUGAAGCUUGGAAAGAGGGUCCUUACUGUCAGAAACAUGAACUUAACACCUCUGAAAUUGAGGAAGAAGAGGAUCCUCUGGUUCAUUUAUCAGAAGAUGUGAUAGCAAGAACUUACAACAUUUUUGCUAUUAUGUUUCGGUAUGCAGUAGAGAUAUUAACCUGGGAAAAAGAAAGUGAAUUGCCAGCAGAUUUAGAGAUGGUAGAGAAGAGUGACACCUACUAUUGCAUGCUGUUUAAUGAUGAGGUUCAUACCUAUGAACAAGUUAUUUAUACUCUUCAGAAGGCUGUUAACUGUACACAAAAAGAAGCAAUUGGUUUUGCAACUACAGUAGAUCGAGAUGGGCGUAGGUCUGUUCGAUAUGGAGACUUCCAGUAUUGUGAGCAAGCAAAAUCAGUAAUUGUGAGAAAUACCAGUAGACAGACGAAGCCACUCAAAGUUCAAGUUAUGCAUUCGUCUAUCGUCGCACAUCAGAAUUUUGGUUUGAAACUUUUGUCUUGGCUGGGAAGUAUUAUUGGAUAUUCAGAUGGCCUUCGCCGGAUUUUAUGUCAAGUUGGUUUACAAGAAGGGCCAGAUGGUGAAAACUCUUCUUUAGUGGACAGACUGAUGCUUAGUGAUUCCAAAUUAUGGAAAGGUGCUAGGAGUGUGUAUCAUCAGUUGUUCAUCAGCAGCCUGCUUAUGGAUUUGAAAUACAAGAAGCUGUUUGCUGUUCGAUUUGCAAAAAAUUACCAGCAGUUGCAGAGAGAUUUUAUGGAGGAUGAUCACGAACGAGCAGUGUCGGUGACUGCUCUGUCUGUCCAGUUCUUCACCGCACCUACUCUGGCUCGAAUGCUCAUCACAGAAGAAAACCUGAUGACCAUUAUCAUUAAGACUUUUAUGGAUCAUUUGAGACAUCGAGAUGCCCAGGGCAGAUUUCAGUUUGAACGAUAUACUGCUUUACAAGCCUUCAAAUUUAGGAGAGUUCAGAGCCUUAUUUUAGAUCUCAAGUAUGUGUUAAUUAGCAAACCAACUGAAUGGUCAGAUGAGCUGAGGCAGAAGUUCCUAGAAGGGUUCGAUGCCUUUUUGGAAUUACUAAAAUGUAUGCAGGGAAUGGAUCCAAUUACACGUCAAGUAGGACAGCAUAUUGAAAUGGAACCAGAGUGGGAAGCAGCCUUCACACUGCAAAUGAAACUAACACAUGUCAUUUCGAUGAUGCAGGACUGGUGUGCUUCAGAUGAAAAAGUGUUAAUUGAAGCUUACAAGAAAUGUCUUGCUGUACUGAUGCAGUGUCAUGGUGGUUAUACUGAUGGUGAACAGCCAAUCACGCUAAGCAUUUGUGGACAUUCAGUGGAAACUAUCAGAUACUGUGUUUCCCAAGAGAAAGUUAGCAUUCACCUCCCAGUUUCUCGCUUACUUGCAGGUUUACAUGUAUUAUUAAGCAAAAGUGAAGUGGCAUAUAAAUUCCCAGAACUCCUACCUCUAAGUGAACUUAGCCCACCCAUGUUGAUAGAACACCCUCUUAGAUGUCUUGUUUUAUGUGCCCAAGUACAUGCCGGAAUGUGGAGAAGAAAUGGGUUCUCUCUAGUAAACCAGAUUUAUUACUACCAUAAUGUGAAAUGCAGACGUGAGAUGUUUGACAAGGAUAUAGUAAUGCUUCAGACAGGUGUCUCCAUGAUGGAUCCAAAUCAUUUCCUGAUGAUCAUGCUCAGCCGCUUUGAACUUUAUCAGAUUUUCAGUACUCCAGACUAUGGCAAAAGAUUUAGUUCUGAGAUUACCCAUAAGGAUGUUGUUCAGCAGAACAAUACUCUAAUAGAAGAGAUGCUAUACCUCAUUAUAAUGCUUGUUGGAGAGAGAUUUAGUCCUGGAGUUGGACAGGUAAACGCUACAGAUGAAAUCAAGCGAGAGAUUAUCCAUCAGUUGAGUAUCAAGCCUAUGGCUCAUAGUGAGUUGGUAAAGUCUUUACCAGAAGAUGAGAACAAGGAGACUGGCAUGGAGAGUGUAAUCGAAGCAGUUGCCCAUUUCAAGAAACCUGGAUUAACAGGACGAGGCAUGUAUGAACUGAAACCAGAAUGUGCCAAAGAGUUCAACUUGUAUUUCUAUCACUUUUCAAGGGCAGAACAGUCCAAGGCAGAAGAAGCUCAACGGAAAUUGAAAAGACAAAAUAGGGAAGAUACAGCUCUUCCACCUCCAGUUUUGCCUCCAUUCUGCCCUCUGUUUGCAAGCCUGGUUAACAUUUUGCAGUCAGAUGUCAUGUUAUGCAUCAUGGGAACAAUUCUGCAAUGGGCUGUGGAACAUAAUGGAUAUGCCUGGUCAGAGUCCAUGCUGCAAAGGGUAUUGCAUUUAAUCGGAAUGGCACUACAAGAAGAAAAACAACAUUUAGAGAAUGUCACGGAAGAGCAUGUAGUAACAUUUGCCUUCACUCAGAAGAUAUCAAAACCUGGCGAAGCGCCAAAAAACUCUCCUAGCAUACUAGCUAUGCUGGAAACACUACAAAAUGCUCCCUACCUAGAAAUCCACAAAGACAUGAUUCGGUGGAUAUUAAAGACUUUUAAUGCUAUUAAAAAGAUGAGGGAGAGUUCACCUACCAGUCCCAUGACAGAGACAGAAGGAACCAUAAUGGAAGAGAGUUCAAGAGACAAAGACAAAGCUGAGAGGAAGAGAAAAGCCGAGAUCGCCAGAUUGCGCAGAGAAAAGAUCAUGGCUCAGAUGUCUGAAAUGCAGCGGCAUUUCAUUGAUGAAAACAAAGAACUCUUUCAGCAGACAUUAGAACUGGAUGCCUCAACCUCUGCUGUUCUUGAUAACAGCCCUGUGGUUUCAGAUAUGACACUUACAGCACUGGGUCCCACACAAACUCAGGUUCCUGAACAAAGACAAUUUGUUACAUGUAUAUUGUGUCAAGAGGAACAAGAAGUUAAAGUGGAAAGCAGGGCGAUGGUCUUGGCAGCAUUUGUUCAGAGAUCAACUGUAUUAUCAAAAAACAGAAGUAAAUUCAUUCAAGAUCCAGAAAAAUAUGAUCCAUUAUUCAUGCACCCUGACUUGUCUUGUGGAACACACACUAGUAGCUGUGGGCACAUUAUGCAUGCCCAUUGUUGGCAAAGGUAUUUUGAUUCCGUUCAAGCUAAAGAACAGCGAAGGCAACAGAGAUUACGCUUACAUACAAGCUAUGAUGUAGAAAACGGAGAAUUCCUUUGCCCCCUUUGUGAAUGCUUGAGUAAUACUGUUAUUCCUCUGCUGCUUCCUCCGAGAAAUAUUUUUAACAACAGGUUAAAUUUUUCAGACCAACCAAAUCUGACUCAGUGGAUUAGAACAAUAUCUCAGCAAAUAAAAGCAUUACAGUUUCUUAGGAAAGAAGAAAGUACUCCUAAUAAUGCCUCUUCAAAGAAUUCAGAAAAUAUGAAUGAAUUACAGCUCCCUGAAGGGUUCAGGCCUGAUUUUCAUCCUAAGAACCCUUAUUCUGAGAGCAUAAAAGAAAUGCUAACGACAUUUGGAACUGCUACAUACAAGGUGGGACUAAAGGUUCAUCCCAAUGAAGAGGAUCCUCGUGUGCCCAUAAUGUGUUGGGGUAGCUGUGCAUACACCAUCCAAAGCAUAGAAAGAAUUCUGAGUGAUGAAGAUAAACCAUUGUUUGGUCCUUUACCUUGCAGACUGGAUGACUGUCUUAGGUCACUGACGAGAUUUGCAGCAGCACACUGGACAGUGGCAUUGCUUUCAGUGGUGCAAGGACAUUUUUGUAAACUUUUUGCAUCAUUGGUGCCUAAUGACGGCCAUGAAGACCUUCCAUGCAUAUUAGAUAUUGACAUGUUUCAUUUAUUGGUGGGCAUGGUGCUCGCCUUCCCUGCGUUGCAGUGUCAGGAUUUUUCAGGGAUCAGCCUUGGCACUGGAGACCUUCACAUUUUCCAUCUGGUUACUAUGGCACACAUCAUACAGAUCUUACUUACCUCAUGUACAGAAGAGAAUGGCAUGGAUCAAGAAAAUCCCACUUGUGAAGAAGAAUCAGCAGUUCUUGCUUUGUAUAAAACACUUCACCAGUAUACGGGAAGUGCCUUGAAAGAAAUACCAUCUGGCUGGCAUCUGUGGAGGAGUGUCAGAGCUGGAAUCAUGCCUUUCCUGAAGUGUUCUGCUUUGUUUUUUCAUUACUUAAAUGGCGUUCCUUCCCCACCCGAUAUUCAAGUUCCUGGAACAAGCCAUUUUGAACAUUUAUGUAACUAUCUUUCCCUACCAAGCAACCUCAUUUGCCUUUUUCAAGAAAAUAGUGAGAUAAUGAAUUCACUGAUUGAAAGUUGGUGUCAUAACAGUGAAGUUAAAAGAUAUCUAGAAGGUGAAAGAGAUGCUAUAAGAUAUCCAAGAGAAUCUAACAAAUUAAUAGACCUUCCAGAGGAUUACAGCAGCCUCAUUAAUCAAGCAUCCAAUUUCUCGUGCCCCAAAUCAGGUGGUGAUAAGAGCAGAGCCCCAACUCUGUGCCUUGUGUGUGGAUCACUGCUGUGCUCCCAGAGUUACUGCUGCCAGACUGAACUGGAGGGGGAGGAUGUAGGAGCCUGCACAGCUCACACCUACUCCUGCGGCUCUGGGGUGGGCAUCUUCCUGAGAGUACGGGAGUGUCAGGUGCUAUUUUUAGCUGGCAAAACCAAAGGCUGUUUUUAUUCUCCUCCUUACCUUGAUGACUAUGGGGAGACCGACCACGGACUCAGACGGGGAAAUCCUUUACAUUUAUGCAAUGAGCGAUUCAAGAAGAUUCAGAAGCUCUGGCACCAACACAGUGUCACCGAGGAAAUUGGACGUGCACAGGAAGCCAAUCAGACACUGGCUGGCAUUGACUGGCAACAGUUAUAAUUAUUGCACCACCAAAAAA